AUGAAUUCUCCAAGAAUUCAACUGAUGCUUCUAAUCAAGAUGGCAGCCAACGAAGAUAUCCAAUCCGAUCCCGUGGAUGUCUACUCCAACCGUAGCAGGGGCCAAUGGGAUACAGCAAAAGACCCACGAAUAACACCUCCCAUCACGCCUUCUCUCUCAUUGCGAGCAAAUGCGCUAGAGUUAGUGCUUGACCUCAUCAUUGCCUCCGUGAAGUUGCUCUCGGUGUGGGCGCAGCUUCACCCAACGUGGCGUCGAACUACAAGGAGCCAGAGACCGGUGUUGUCCACCCCAUUGGUCAACCAGUUUUUUUCUGCGAAGAUAGACAGCGACCUUCUGCGCAAUGAGUACAUGGCAUACGAAACGGGUCAAAUCGAGCAGCGGCGCUACCUUGCAUGGAUCAACCUGUAA